AUGUUUGAUGAUAACAUAAUUUGCCAACUUGAUAAUUACUAUUCACAACAAAAGCACAAAGAGACUCUUGAGAAGAUUAAGAAUCGUAAAGUAGUGCAGAACUUGGCUUCAAUUAAGCACUCAAAUCCGUCGUUUAAGAAAAAACAAAUGAUGAAGCAGAUAAAAUAAGGAGAAUGACAUUUUGUUAGGAAAGUUAAUCUCCAUUUCGAAGCCAAAAAAUAAUAAAAAUGCUGGUUCUAAGAAGUCUGGUGCUCCUAAGGCUUCUCAGAAUCUCUCGUUGCCUAGUACAAACUCACGAACUCUUAUCACCAGUCAUCUAACUGAAAUUUCUACAAUAAACCCAUCUAUCAAAACAGAGAAUGCACAGAUAAUGAAGCGAAUUAUGAGCCAGAAGAGCACAUUGUCUACUAAAUAAAUUUGAGCAGGACUAUAAGCAUCAGAAAGAACUGGUGCAUCGUUUGAUGAAGAACAGCAAGUCAACUGUAAUGACUACAUUAAUAAAAAUGAAGAGUAAAAUUAAGGAGAAGGUUGGCCAGAACUUACCUCCUAUAUAUAGGAGAGAGGAGCAGGAAGAGCAGAAGAAGAAGUUAGGGGAUAAUGGUAUUGGAGAUAGAGAUAUCAAAAAGUCAACUGAGAGAAAACAAAAUCUGAAAAAUAAUAAAGCAAGCAAAAUGUUCUACAAAGAGCCGUCGAAGAAAAAGCAGCCUCUGGGAAGAGAACUCAAUAAUUUCAACUUUGAAAAAGUCACAAGUGAAGGAAAUACAAAAUCCUCUCGCAAGAAUCUAAAGUCAACAGGUAGCCGUAAGUUUAGAGAAGAGAGUAAAACAUCCAUGGAAGAAAACAUCAAGUCUAGAAGUUCGAAAAAGUCUCAAUUAAUGAUAUCUCCUCAAAAUUCUCAAAAAUCAAAGAAAAUCCCCCAUAAUGCGUCUCCACCAAAAGUUAAUGAAAGCCUGCAAGAUUCUGAAAUACAAAGUGGAUAUGAUGAGUUUGAUGAAGACUUUGAAGGCCAUGAUAAGCAAAGUAGUCAAAGUAAAACAAAAUCGAAGAAAAUAGCUGAUGAUCGUUCUGAUCCUUUGAAUAUUUCAAUAGAUGAAGAAAUUCUUUCAGAUUAUGAUGAUGAUUUCGAGUAAUAAAAU